UAAAGAAAGUUUUCUUUUCUGUCUGCAGCAGUGGAAGAAGGAACACGGGAUGAUCAUCCUCCUCGUAUUUGUGCUGCUGGGCGUGGUGUCCAGCAAUGCCCAGGAGGUAUUGAAUCCCCCUUAUUUCAAUUUGGCCGAGGGUCGAAAGAUAGUGGCUAGUGCGACCUGUGGUGUUGGGGUGAAUGAACCAGAACUUUACUGUAAAUUGGUGGGAGCCAACACGGACAGUCGGGACAACCCCAAUAUCAACCUUAUCCAGGGACAAGUGUGUGACUACUGCGAUCCCAGCAAUCCGAACACCGCCCACCCCGCCGAACAUGCUAUUGAUGGAACGGAAAAAUGGUAUCAGAGUCCACCCCUCUCCAGGGGGAUGAAGUACAAUGAAGUGAACUUGACCAUAGAUUUAGGACAGGAAUUUCAUGUCGCCUAUGUGUUCAUCAAAAUGGGGAAUUCUCCCCGCCCAGGAGUUUGGGUGCUGGAAAGAUCGACCAACGACGGUGAGACUUUUGCUCCGUGGCAGUAUUUUGCGGACAGUCCUGGAGAUUGUGUACAGAUGUUUGGACCUGAUGCUCUGCAGCAACGUAUCCUUAAAGAUGAUACCGUUAUUUGCGAGACCAAGUUCUCAAAAGUCGUUCCUCUCGUCGGAGGAGAGAUUGUCGUCUCCCUCCUGAACGACAGACCCAAUGCUGAUAAUUUUUCCUAUUCCAUGACUCUGCAAGAGUGGACUAAAGCUACAAACAUAAGGCUAAGGUUUCUUAGAACAAAGACUCUCUUGGGUCACCUAAUGUCUGUGGCUCGGCAAGAUCCGACAGUCACGAGACGUUACUUCUACAGUAUCAAAGACAUUAAUAUCGGUGGUCGUUGUGUGUGCAACGGACACGCAGAGACUUGUGACCUGACUGAUCCGAGAGAUCCAUACAAGCUUCUGUGCAGGUGCCAGCAUAACACGUGUGGUCCAAACUGUGAGCAGUGUUGUCCAGGUUUUAAGCAAAAAAAAUGGCGUCGUGCCAUUCUACAGAGCCCAUUUGUUUGUGAACCGUGUAACUGCUUUGGACACUCCAACGAGUGUGUGUAUGAUGAAGAAACUGACAGAAAUAGGCUGAGUCUAGAUAUUUAUGGACACUAUGAAGGGGGUGGAAUUUGUCAGAACUGUCGUCAUAAUACUCAAGGCGUCAACUGCAAUCAGUGCAAGCCUACAUUUUACAGACCUUAUGGAAAACCAUUGAAUGCAACUGACGUUUGUCAACCUUGUAACUGCGAUUUAGCUUUCUCUACUGGAAAUUGUGCCGAUGGAACUGGGCAGUGUGAGUGCCGCCCAGAAUUCUUACCACCCUAUUGCGACGACUGUAACAUUGGCUACUAUGGCUACCCUGCUUGCAAGCUAUGCGACUGUCAUCCAAAUGGAACGUAUGGCAAUGUGUGUGAAGUUGGUGGUGGACAGUGUCCGUGCAAAUCCAACUAUGGAGGCAGAAACUGUGACACUUGUCAAGAAGGAUUCUUUGGAUUCCCCGACUGUAUACCCUGUAACUGCAACCCAAGCACUUCAGUGAGGAAUAUCUGUGAGCAAGAGGGUGGUCAGUGUCCAUGCAGAGGUAACUACGGAGGGCGACAAUGUGACAAGUGCAGGGCUGGUUACUUCAAUUAUCCAACAUGUGACUAUUGUUCAUGUGAUCCAACUGGAUGUGUUGCGGAGAUAUGCGACAGUCUGAGCGGUGCUUGCCUUUGCAAAACUGGAUAUGGUGGUCCCAGCUGUGACAGGUGUGCUCCAGGAUAUUUUGGUUAUCCAGUCUGCGAAGAAUGUAAGUGCAACAAAGAUGGAUCUUUUCAGGAUGUCUGUGACAUAAGUGGGAGGUGCCAGUGCCUUCCCAGUUUUUCAGGAUUGAAGUGUGACCAGUGCUCGCCAGGAUACUAUGACUUUCCCAGGUGUCAUCCCUGUGAUUGUGAGUCCGUAGGAUCUAAUGGCGUAUCUUGUGACAGUGAUGGACAAUGCGUGUGCCACAAGAAUUUUGAUGGUUCAAAAUGUGAUCAUUGCAAAGAAGGCUUUUACAACUACCCAUACUGUGAAGAGUGUAACUGUGACCCAUCUGGUGUUCUGUCAACAUUUGAAGGUUGUGGAAGUGUGACUAGUGGGAAACUGUGUGAGUGCAAAGAGAGAGUCACAGGUCGCAUAUGCAACGAAUGCAAAUCACUUUACUGGAACCUCAAAUUGGGAAAUCCCCUAGGAUGUGAAGAUUGUAACUGUUAUCUGGGUGGCACAGCGGGUGGUAUAGCAGUGUGUGCAAAAACCAAUGGCCAGUGUUCUUGCAAACCAAAUGUAGGAUCGAGACAAUGCUCAGAAUGUAAAGAUGGUUACUAUCAACUGGAGGACAACAACUUGUUUGGAUGCAAAGAUUGUGGAUGCGACAUUGGUGGUUCAGUGAAUAACUUUUGUGAAAAGGAGAGCGGACAAUGUGCCUGCCGACCUAGAAUCAGUGGUCGUAAGUGUGAUGAACCUCUCCAAACACAUUUCUUUCCCACCCUUUUCCAACACCAGUUUGAAAUAGAAGACGGCAGGACGCCUGUUGGCACUCAAGUUCGUUAUGGUUAUGAGGAAUCUGUUUUCCCAAGAUUCUCAUGGCGAGGCUAUGCUGUCUUUUCCUCCAUACAGAAAGAAGUAUUGUUGGAUUUGUACAUCGAAAAGCCAAGUCUCUACCAAGUUUUCUUCUAUUACUUAAAUUUUGGGGGUGAGCCAGUUUAUGGAACAAUAACCUUUACUCCAGAGAAGUUUGGAGAUAUUCAGCAAAGCAGUGACAUGGUGUUUGAAACAACCACAAAACCAAAGUUCAUGAAAGUGUCUGGCAAGCAGGGACUAAUAGCCUCACCAUUUGUUCUCAAUCCUGGACGGUGGACAGUGUCCUUAAGGAUCGAAAAGCCUCUCUUUCUGGAUUACAUGGUGUUGCUGCCACAAUCCUAUUACGAAGCCACACUCUUACAACAGCAUGUCUUGAAUCCCUGUCUUCUGCAAUCAUCAAAUGAAGAGAUGUGCCUUAUGUACAGGUUUCCACCUCUUCCCAUUAAUGCAGAAAUCGCUAAGGGCAACACAGGGUACGUUCUUGAUGAAUAUGGUGAGGAAAAAAUUAGGACCAACACUUACGAUGAGACCGAGACGCUGUCCAUUUUGCAGACCGACAGGAUGGCCUGGUUAGAUAGCGAACAAAAGAAUCUACAUCUAGACUUCACCGUCUCUCGUCCUGGCCCACAUGUUAUUAUUAUGACUUAUCACACACCUCAGCCUAUUCGCAGUACUACAGCUACUGUCAAAAUAUCCGAUUCUGACCAAGGAGAGACCAAAGAUGGGAAAGUCACAUUAAGCGAUUGUGGAUACUCUUACCUGUGUCGCCAAGUGGUUUUAAAUGAAGUAGGAGAGGUUUUGAUAUUUGAUCUUGAAAGCAAUUAUGUCACAGCCAAGAUGGAGAUAUUGGAUGAAUCGGACAUUGCAGUUGAUAACAUCGCUUUAGUGCCUGCUGAUCUGUGGCACCUAGACUAUAUUGUGCCUCAACCAUUAUGCAUUAAAAAAGAUGGUGCGUGUAUUGAAUCUGAAUAUCCACCUGCACCAGAGGCCACAAAAGUGGAAUUCCAGGAAUCUGGUUACAAUGAGUACAGCAGGGUAUCUGAUGUGGUUGAAAGUGACAUUGCACUGGUGAGCCUCCAGGAAAAUGAUAACGUCGUUGACUUGAAAGGUUCCGUUCCAUCUCCUGGACUUUAUUCUUUUGUCCUCCACUACUACCAGCCUGAACAUUCUGCAUUUAAAGCGAAAGUCGUAGUUCAGACUGAUGAUUUCCAAGAAGGAGUGUUGAACUUAGCCUACUGUCCUAGAACGUCUGGAUGCCGUACCGUCGCCCGAUCCAAAGAAACAGAUUCUACAGCCUUCCAUGUCGUUCAGGAUUUUCAUCUUAAUAUACGGCAACCAAAUAAUAAGACCGUGUGGCUGGCAUAUGUGCUGGUUGUACCUGCUCGAGAGUUCCAAGAAGAUAUCCUUGAACCAAUGAAACAAGACAUGGCUGGAAAAUUUAUCACAGAAUGUGGCCAAAAUAGCUUCCUUUUGCCUUCAGACGUUACAGGCUUCUGUCGUGAAUCUGCAUUCUCUCUGACAUCCGAGUACAACAACGGAGCCCUUCCUUGCAAAUGUGACACAGACGGAUCCCUGAGCUACGAGUGUGAAUCGUUUGGUGGUCAAUGCCAGUGCAAGCCCAAUGUCAUUGGCAGAACAUGCUCCCAGUGCCGAACUGGGUUCUUUGGUUUUCCUAACUGCAAGCCAUGUGAUUGUCCAUCCACUGCCUACUGUCAGCCUGUGACUGGACAGUGUAUAUGUCCUCCAAGAGUGAUGGGUGACAAAUGUGAUACGUGUGUCCCUUACACUUAUGGAUUUGAUCCCAUCAUUGGCUGUGAGGAAUGCAAUUGCAAUCCAUUGGGUACACUCAAUGGCCAACUUCAAUGUGAUCUGAGCAGUGGACAAUGCAGAUGUAAGAGUAAUAUUGUAGGUCGCACUUGUGACAAAUGCAAAGCAGGAUACUGGGCCUUUCCACACUGCCAGCUGUGCAACUGUGAUUUGCGAGGCAGUACAGAGGACAUCUGUGAACAAGAUUCAGCGAGAUGUUUUUGCAAAGAGAAUGUCUAUGGUGAUUCUUGUGACCAGUGCAAACCGGGUACAUUCUAUCUGGAGGAAGUUAACCCACUGGGAUGCACUAAGUGCUUCUGCUUUGGGGCAACGGACAGGUGCUCCAGUGGAUAUCUUUUUUCAGCUCAAGUGUAUACAAUGUCUGGUUGGGACAAGAAAGUGUUUACAAUGAAGCAAGAGAUGAUGGAAGUGGAAGGUGUGCCAAUUACUCUCACAGAAGAUGUCAAAGCUGUCCUGCCUCUAGAAUGGCCCCAGGACGAUCUCUUCUAUUUCUCUGCACCCAAGGAGUAUCUGGGAAAUAAGCUCAAUUCUUAUGGUGGUAAGCUCUCAUAUGUAAUUUCCAUUCAAACUGAUGAAGAUUCGGAUGUGGAAAGUUUUGUUGGACCCGAUGUCAUUUUAAUGGGAAAUAAUAUCACAAUUGUCCAUGUUCAUGUGGAAGAACCUGCAGCUAAUAUACUUUUCGGAACUAGUGUGGAUCUUCUUGAGAGGGAGUUUCGUCACAUCAGUGGGCGUGAAGUGAGUCGUGAGCAAAUGAUGAUGGUUUUGGUCAAUCUGGAACAUUUACUGCUGAGGGGAUCCUACUUCCAUCCAGCGGAAGAAAUCAAAUUGUCUCGUGUUGUGAUGGAAGGAGCAACAGAAGACUUUUCAGAUGGUCCGCAAGUUUUACGAGUGGAACAAUGUCAAUGCCCACCCAAUUAUAGAGGAAAUUCUUGUGAGAAAUGUGCUCCUGGGUAUUAUAGAUCCAAAACAGGACCUUAUUUGGGAUAUUGCGUUCCAUGUCAGUGCUAUGGUCAUGCACAAACAUGUGAUGUCAACACAGGGAAAUGUAUUGGUUGUGAACAUAACACUGUUGGAGAUCAUUGUGAGAAGUGUGCUGCCGGCUACCACGGGGACUCGACUCGAGGGACGCCUUACGACUGUCUGAUAUGCGCCUGCCCCCUACCCCUCGAGAGCAACAAUUUUGCUGAGAGCUGCGAAGUCUCACCCAGUGGCCAGGAAAUAAGCUGUAACUGCAAACCUGAAUAUUAUGGCCCACGCUGUGAAUACUGCGCAAUCGGAUAUUUCGGAAGGCCAGAAAUGAUUGGUGGUCACUGCCAGCCUUGCAAGUGCAGUGGAAACAUAGAUCCAAGUAGACCAGGUAGUUGCGAUUCAGUGACUGGAGAUUGCAUCAUGUGCUUAAACAACACUUUUGGUGCAGCCUGUGAACUCUGUGCACCAGGUUAUUUUGGAGAUGCUAUAUCUGCUAAAGAUUGCCGCAAAUGCAAAUGUGACGAGUGUGGAACUCGUGAUUGUGAUCACGAAUCGGGAGAAUGCAUAUGUUGGGCCAACGUCAUAGGGACGAGUUGUGAUCGAUGCAAGGAAAAUCACUGGGGUUUUGAUUCCUGCUCUGGUUGCCGCCCUUGCAAUUGUGGUCCUGCUUCAGAGAGUGAUCAGUGCGAUUUACAAACUGGAAGUUGCAGAUGCAGACCAGGAGCUUCAGGAAUCACUUGUGAUGUUUGUGAACCAGGCUAUUGGCAAUACUCUGAAAAUGGAUGCAUCUCUUGUAACUGCGUGGAGAAAUAUUCUUCUGGUGUGAUGUGCAAUUCUUUCAGCGGCCAGUGUGAGUGUUUGCCAGGUGUGAUUGGAGAGAAAUGUGAUUCCUGUCCCUAUCGAUGGGUUUUUGUCAAAAAGCAAGGCUGCUAUGAAUGUGGUGCCUGCGUACAUGGAUUGUUAGACACAACUGAUGACCUAGAAAAUUCCAUUGCUCCCAUCACGGAAGAAAUGAAAGAUGUCUCGUUAAGUUAUUUUGCAAACAAACGUUUGCAAAAUGUGAAUGAAACUGCUGAUAUUCUAAAAUUGGGAUUAGAUGCAGGUAGUUCCUCGGGCUUCGACUAUAGUCCAUUAGUGUAUGAAGUGCAGUUGAUUGAGAAGAAUGCUGACACCAGUGAUCGAUGGAUGACUCAUUUGCAUUCUGAGGCAUUGAGUGUAAGAAACGAUGCCGAUUCAACGAAAUCGGAUGCUCUCGAAGUAGAAAACCUUAUCAAGAGUGCCAUUGGUAAAGUCAGAGACAUUAUUAAGGAAUUGGGAAAACUCUCAGAAGGUUUGGAAGAUUCAGUGGGAGAAGAAGACGACAUUGAUACCUUAGUUGCACAGGCAGAGUAUAUUCUAGAAGAUCUGCUGGAGAGAAAUUUUGACUCUCCCAAGAAUGACUCACUCAAUGAAUAUGAUUCAGGCAUUAAGUUAUUGGAAGAGGUGACCCAAUUUGAAUUGCCUGUUUUGGAAAAUAAAGAGAGAUGCGAAGAACAGGGAGAGAAACUGAUGCAUGUGGAAGAUUUGUUGGAUGAUCUUACAAAAGACAGCCAGAAUGCCUACAAUGUGGCAGACGAUGCACAGGCUUUGCAUGAAGAAAUGGAAGGAAUGUCUGUUGAAGAUAAACUGCAGAAAGCCGAAAUGGAAUCUAAAGAGAUAAAUAUUGUGCUUAAAAAUGCUUCUGAAUUGCUACAACACCCAGAAAAUGAUUUGACCGCGAGUGUUUUCAGAGAUCUUGGUUUGAAAUCUGAUCGCCUGGCCUUUGGAAUGAUAGACUUGAAGGAUCAGUUGAAAGACACUGAACAAAAUUUUCAGGAUACAAAAGAUCUGGUCAAUGAAGCAUCUGAGCAUGCAAAAUUUUUAAAGGAUCAGGCUGAUCAACUAGAAGAGUCUUUGUCUGACACCAGAGACAGUUCAGAAGCUGCUGUAAAAGCAGCUAAUGCUUAUGCUAACAUAGGUGAGGCUAUCAAUGAUGCAUACUUAGCUGCAGAAUCUGCUCUCACUGCCUCUCAAUCUGCAGAAACAAUGUCUGAUGGAGUUUUAGGCAAGACUACAGGUUCGAAAGACGCUACCAAUCAGUUAAUAGAUUCGGCUUUUCUUCUGGAUCGAGAGGUCACUUCUUUGAAACCACAGUUGCAGAAAGCAAGAGAAGGAGUUCUUCUGAUUGGUUACCAAAAUGGGAAAACAGAAAAGGGUUUAGAUGCUAUAAAAAAGGAUUUGGAGAAAUUACCACUUUAUUCGUUGGGAGUAUUGGCUGAAGUAGCUGCCAAUAACUCUGCUAUUGCUGAUGAAUUAGGAGAGAAAGCCAUCAAAAAACUAGAGAGCCUAACUGAUAACCUUCCUAAGGAUGAGAAAAGAGCUCACCAGAUACCAAAAGAUGUUGAAGAAGCUAAACAAGCCAUUAAAGCUGGGCACAGUUAUGCUGAUCGAGUGUCCUCCAUCUUGCCUGAAACGAAUGUUCUGGCAGAGAGGGUCGGAAAGAGAAAGUCUGCUCUGAAGAUUAUUGGAACUGACGUGUCCGAAAAGUUGGCCAAACUACAACAGAAGAUAGCCGUUGCACGAACACAGGCUAAUAGGAUAAAACUGGGCGUGCAGUUCUUUGAGAACACCACUUUGCAGCUAAGGAAUCCUGAAGGUCUGCAAAAGGCAGCCACCUACACCCACCUCUCUUUGUAUUUCAAAACAACAGAGCGAUAUGGAUUGUUGGCAUUCAUUGGAAAUGAGAAAGGUGCACACAAUCGCAUGAAGAAUGUUAUCACUGAUGACUAUUUAGCCUUAGAAAUCAGAGCGGGUCUACUGGUAUUGAUAAUGGACAUUGGAUCAGGAUCUGAAAUAAUCAAUCAUGGAACAUAUGUUUCAGAUGGCAGGUGGCAUCAAGUCAUUAUUGAAAGAACUGGAAAAACAUGCUCCAUAACUGUGAGGACUGACAAAGAAGAAGAUUCUGUUGUUGAAGGAUUCCUGCCUGGAACAUACAGUGUCUUCAACUUAGACCCUAAAGUAUCCAAAUUCUUCAUUGGGGGAAUUAAAGAAAAUCCAAAACUUCCUGAUACGUUGCAAAACUUUCACUUUGAUGGAUGCAUCGAAGAUGUGCAGUUUGGAGACACUCCUGUAGGGCUGUGGGACUUUGUGUGGGCAGAAAACAAUUUUGAAGGUUGCGCUGAAAGAACAGAACUCACUGUUUUGCAGCCUUCCAACGGUCUUCGCUUCAACGGGGCCGGUUAUGCCAUUCUUCCGAGCAAGAAGCACAAGUUUGCCAAGACAUCUGUUAUUAAACUUCAGUUCAAGACCUAUGCUCAACAUGGAUUGUUGUUCCUGAUUGGAAAGAAUAAAGAGUACUUUGCUGUAGACAUGGUAGAUGGACACAUCCACUUGGCGUACGAUCUAGGAAGUGGACCUCUUUCCAUUACAUCAGAAGAGACAUAUAAUGAUGGAAAAUGGCACUCCCUUGAUGCCUCCCGCUUUGAUAAAAAUGCUGUUCUCAAAGUAGAUGAAGUUGAAGUAGGGAAAGGAUCAUCUCCAGGCAAUGAGAACACUCUCUCCUUCACUAAUCAGAUGUUCAUCGGAGGAUACCCACGCAGCACCCAUUCUUACCCUGGAGUGAGCAGUACUGGAUUUGAAGGGUGUAUCAUGGAUCUGCAGAUUGGUGCCACAAAUAUAAACCUCAAUCAAAAUGAAGAAGCUCUGGGAGUUGUGAAUGGAUGCCCUGUCACGAUUGCAAGAACAGUUUCUUUCUCAAAUGAUUCAUCUUCUGGUUACAUAGCCAUGCCACCUGUCCAACUUGGAAAUCUUGCCCAACUGACCUUCAAGUUCAAAACGACAGAAGAGAACGGAUUGAUAUUCUAUGCGUCUAAUGAAGCUCAAGACAGUUACCUCUCUAUCAGCCUCAGGAAUGGUGCUAUUUUCAUGACAAGUGUCCCCGGUGGUGAGAUCAAGACAAACACCAAAUACAAUGACAGAGAAUGGCAUUACGUGUCCGCGACAAAAGCAUUGCGGCAAAUGAGACUAGACAUUGAUGACAUUCACUCAGUUGAAAUAGAACUGAGCGAAGAUGCGUCUGUGGUCACUACAACACCACUCUACUUUGCUGGCACGCCAAACGGCAUCGUAGGGGUACCCGCUUUUGUGGGCUGCAUUGGAGACACAACUGUUAACAAUAAAUUCCAAAAUUUUGCAGAUGCCAUCGAAAUGAGUGAGGGUGCUUCUCUCGCUAGCUGUCCACUGGGCGAUCCUGAGGAGGAAGCCUCAAGGUUUACUACUGAAGAUCAUCAUGAAGAAACAGCAAGUUCCACAUCUGCUCCUGUUGAGGAAGAGGAGGAGGAGCCAGUUUACUUUGGUUCCUGCUCUCUUCCCCUUUAUCCAAGGCGAGAUAAGAGUGUAAAAUCUGGAGAUGGCAUUCGAUUUGGAAACACUGUGAACAGCCGAGAAGAACUCUCCAAGCCCAAUUCUUUUAUGGACACAAUACAGGACGAUAGCACAUUUGCCUUAGAGUUCCGCACCAAUCUGCAAACGGGAAUUAUGUUUUACGUUUCUGAUACAAAACAUAUAGAUUAUGUAGCUCUCCUUCUUCAGAAUGGAAAGAUUGUUUAUGUUUUCAACUGUGGUUCUGGGAGUUCAAUGGUCUCUUCUCAAAAGACGUACAACGAUGGUACGUGGCACCGCGUGGUGUUCUCGCGUCGAGGCAAAGAGGGUAGACUAGUGGUGGAUGAUGAGGAAGAGGUGAGAGGGGCCUCUCAGGGAACUGCAAGUUCCAUGAAUGUUAAAUCCCCUUUCUAUGUGGGUGGACUCUCAGAAGAAGUUGCGAGAGAAGCAAAGAACAAUGUUAAAGGUAUUACACUUUCCUUCCCAGGAUGCAUUCGUAAUGUGGAAGCACAGGGAGAAAUGUUACAGGCAGCCAGCACUCUCUCCCAAAAUGUCACAGCUUGUUCCGACAAGGUAGAGGAAGGUGCUUAUUUCUCUGCCCACGGAGGACACUUGAUUCUCUUUGACAAAUAUCGUGUUGGCCAAAGAGUUUCCAUCACCUUGGACAUCAAGCCGAGGAACUUGUCAGGUAUCUUGAUGGCUGUGCAUGGCAAAGUGGAUUAUCUCAUUCUUCAAAUGGUAGAUGGAAGGGUUGAAAUCAGUGUUGAUAACGGUGCUGGGCCCAUAACAAGCUCUUUCAUUCCUACUGAUGAACACUAUUUAUGUGAUGGAGAAUGGCAUACAGUUCAAGUUGUCAAAUCGAAUAACUUCGUCACUUUGAGCUUAGAUGGUAUCUUCUCCGAUCCUGGUAUAGGAGUGGGUGGAGUCUCUGCCACUGACACCAACGACCCCCUCUACAUCGGAGGAGUCCCUGAAUCGUCAUUCUCUAAAAGAGGAGUUCUCACGACCGAUCACUUCGUCGGUUGCAUGAGAUAUCUUGAACUGGAUUCAAAGCCACAGCAGUUUGAACAGUCCAGAGUUGUAGGUCAUGUGACAAUGAACACAUGCCCUACUAUAUAGUCUUUUUACUUUUAUGUUCAAUAAAUAUUACUUUCAA